AUGCAGCCCGCCACUGUCACCACUGUGGUGCUGGCUCUAGUCACCAACGUCGCUGCACAGGCACAAGGCACAGCAAUUGUCGACCUCGCCAAGAACCAUGGACCAGCACAGGCUCUCGGAUCAGGUUUCAUCUACGGCUGGCCUGAUAACGGAACAAGCGUCGACACCUCGAUCCCAGAUUACUUGGUGACUGGCAUCAAGUUCAACGCAAAUCGCGGCGGCGGUGCUCAGAUCCCAUCGUUAGGUUGGGCUCGAGGAGGCUAUGAAGGGUACCUCGGCCGCUUCAACUCAACUUUAUCCAACUACCGCACCACGCGCAAUUACAACGCCGAGUUUAUCUUGUUGCCUCACGACCUUUGGGGUGCAGAUGGCGGACAGGGCUCAAGCUCUCCGUUUCCUGGUGAUAAUGGUAAUUGGACAGAGAUGGAGCUAUUCUGGAAUCAGCUCGUAUCCGACUUGAAGUCUCAUAACAUGUUGGAAGGUCUUGUGAUAGACGUUUGGAACGAGCCGGAUAUUGAUAUCUUCUGGGAUCGCUCGUGGCCUCAGUUUCUGGAGUAUUACAAUCGGGCGACAGAGCUACUUCGAAAAGCACUUCCAGGAACCCUUCUCAGCGGCCCAGCCAUGGCACAUUCUCCCAUUCUGUCCGAUGAUAAAUGGCAUACCUGGUUACAGUCAGUAGCGGGCAACAAGACAGUCCCUGAUCAUUUCUCUUGGCAUCAGAUUGGUGCUUGGGAACGUGAGCCCGAUACCACAAUCCCCGACUUUACUACCUUGCGGGCGCAAUACGGUGUUCCUGAAAAGCCAAUUGAUGUCAAUGAGUAUGCAGCAGUCGACGAGCAAAAUCCAGGCAACUCAGUCUACUACCUUUCUCAACUAGAGCGCCACGACAUCCGAGGUCUGCGCGCGAACUGGGGUAGUGGAUCCAAUCUGCACAACUGGAUGGGCAAUUUGGUCUACAGCACGACCGGGACGUCAGAGGGCACCUACUAUCCCAAUGGCGAGUGGCAGGUAUACAAGUACUAUGCUGCCAUGGUAGGAAAGAGACUCUUGACGAAAGCUUCGCCGGAUUUGAAGUUUGAUGUCUUUGCCACCAAGGAAGGUCAUAAAAUCAAGAUUCUAGCCGGCACCAGAACCGUUCAAGCAAAGUAUAGCAUCAAAGUCAGCGGCCUGGAAGCAGUAGGACUCCCCAAGAAGGGCACGGCAAAGGUCCGAACUUAUCGAUUCGACUGGGCCGGGCCGAAUGGAAAGGCUGAUGGUCCUCUUGAUCUGGGGGAGCAGAAGUAUACUUAUUCGUCCAAUACGCUGAUAAUUUCUGUCAGCCCGCCUCCAAAUGCUACAGCCUUCGCUUACGAGUUUUCGAUUUAA